GGACGCGCCCGUUCAGUCAAGAUGGCUAAGGGUGAUCCCAAGAAACCGAAGGGCAAGAUGUCUGCUUACGCCUUCUUCGUGCAGACCUGCCGUGAGGAGCACAAGAAGAAAAACCCGGAGGUCCCUGUCAAUUUUGCAGAGUUUUCCAAGAAGUGCUCAGAGAGGUGGAAGACAAUGUCUGGGAAGGAGAAGUCUAAAUUUGAUGAAAUGGCAAAGGCAGAUAAAGUACGCUACGAUCGGGAAAUGAAGGACUAUGGACCAGCUAAGGGAGGCAAGAAGAAGAAGGACCCCAAUGCCCCCAAACGGCCACCGUCUGGAUUCUUCCUGUUCUGUUCAGAAUUCCGCCCUAAGAUCAAAUCCACGAACCCCGGCAUCUCCAUUGGCGACGUGGCGAAGAAGCUGGGCGAGAUGUGGAAUAACCUAAGCGACAGUGAGAAGCAGCCUUACAACAACAAGGCGGCGAAGCUCAAGGAGAAGUACGAGAAGGAUGUCUCCGACUAUAAGUCGAAAGGGAAGUUUGAUGGCGCCAAGGGUCCUGCCAAGGUUGCCAGGAAAAAGGUGGAAGAGGAAGACGAAGACGAGGAGGAGGAGGAGGAAGAGGAGGAGGAGGAGGAGGAUGAAUAAAAAAAACUGUUUCUCUGUCAAAAAAA